AUGGCUCAGAACAAGUUCAAGAGGACUUUUAUCGUUGGCUGUGGAUGCACGGCAUUCAUAAAGCCUAGAGGCCAGAGGACAACGGAGGAUAUGGGACUUGAAGCAGGCACAAAGGCGCUGCUCGAUGCUGGUAUCACAUAUGAUGCAGUACAAACUGCAUUCGUGGGUCACUGCUACGGUGAUUCUACAAGUGGUCAACGGGCUCUCUACGGCCUUGGAAUGACCGGGAUUCCCAUCACCAACGUGAAUAAUAAUUGUUCGACCGGAAGUACCGCACUUUUCCAUGCAAACAAUGCUGUAAAGUCUGGCCUGGUCGACUGUGCCCUCGCGUUGGGCUUUGAGCGUAUGGCAGCAGGCAGUCUCGGAACCAACUUCCCCGACAGGGCACCACCGACUCUUUUAUUCACUAAGCGGACCCUAGACCUUGAAAAGACCCUAGCUUCUGGAACAAACUUUGGUCCAGGUGCCCCGCGAAUGUUUGGCAACGCAGGGCAAGAAUAUAUGGACAAAUUCGGUGCCGAAGUCAGACACUUGGCCAUGAUAGCCGCAAAGAAUCACGCACACUCCGUCAAGAAUCCAUAUUCACAAUUUCGUAACGGAUGGACGGUUGAACAAGUCCUACAGGCACCUAAAAUCAAUGCCCAACUCACGAAGUUCAUGUGCAGUCCUACAUCGGAUGGUGCAGCCUGCUGUAUUGUUGCAUCAGAAGACUUUGUGCAUGCCCAUGGAUUGGAGAAUCAGUCCAUUGAAAUAGUUGCACAAGGCCUUGAGACGGACGACCCUGCUGCGUAUGAUACUGAAAGCGCUAUGGAGGUCGUCGGUUACGGGAUGUCGAAGCGAUGUGCUGACAAAGUAUUUAAAGACGCUGGCUUUGCCGACGGCGAAGGGCGUGACUUGGUUGGCGUGGUCGAGCUACAUGACUGUUUUUCCGCGAAUGAACUCAUCACAUACCCUGCCCUUGGACUUUGCGCUCUUGAUGAGGCCCAUAAGAUGGUUGAAAGGGGUGAUAAUACGUACGGCGGCAAGUAUGUUGUAAACCCGAGCGGUGGUCUUGAAGCCAAAGGACAUCCACUCGGGGCCACUGGUCUGGGUAUGCAUUUCUAUAUUACAAUGCAAUUGCGUAAUUUGGCAGGACCUAUGCAAGUACCUGGCUUAUUCGACAUUCCGGACAAGCGGGGCAAAUUUGGUCUUGUUCACAACAUUGGUAUUGGAGGUGCAGUCGUCGUCAGUCUACUCCGCAGGCCCGAGUUUUAUAAAGCAGGGGGUAUCGACGGCCAGGCUAGGCUAGGAUACAAUCACGCUCAUGAAUGCCGGCCUGUUACGCUUGCAGAUGUUGACAAAGUUAAGUCAAAGAAAUCAUCGAAGUUUGUCCUUCAGCAUGCGAAACUUUGA